UAUUCCUCUCAUUUGCAUCUUUAAGUCAAGUCCAUUAAUAGAGAGGUACUUUUUUGUGAACAACGAAAACAAUUCAUAAAAAGCUAACAAAAUUAUUUCUCUUUUGAAGUUCAAGCUUCUCUCUCUAUCUUUUCAUCUCUCAAGUUCAUAAAAUUCUUUGAGGGGAGUUAGCUAUGAGUAUGGCUGAGAAAGAAGUUCCAUAUUCAGAUAAUGGAAGAGUCCCACUCUGCAUUUUUUUUAGGGAAGCAAGAUCAGUUUUUAAAGUGGAUGAGUUAGGCCUAGAGAUUGCAAGAAUUGCCCUCCCUGCUGCACUAGCUUUAACAACAGGUCCUAUUGCAUCUCUCGUUGAUACAGCAUUCAACGGCCAAGUAGGCCCUGUUGAGCUUGCUGCUGUGGGAGUUUCGAUUGCUGUUUUCAAUCAAGCAUCGAGGCUUGCAAUAUUUCUGCUUGUCAGUGUCACUACCUCUUUUGUUGCUGAGGAGGAUACCGUUGCAAAAGUAAGCCCUGAACCACGAGAUACUGAAAUCCAGGAUCUACAAUCACAAGAUGCUGAAGGAUUGGAUACAGAGUCGCAAUCAAAUAGUGAAAACAAAGAGCUAAUACCUCAAAAUGGGAGUCAGUACAAGUCCGAGACGAUAGCUACCACUUUUGAAGUACUGAAGCCAAAGCGUGAAAAGAGGCACAUUCCAUCUGCAUCGUCUGCAUUGAUUAUCGGUGCCAUCCUUGGCCUCAUCCAAGCAGCCUUUCUAAUUUCUGGAGCGAACCCUAUAUUAAACUUCAUGGGGAUCAAAUCUGGAUCACCCAUGCUAAAACCAGUCCAAGAGUACCUGAAAUUGAGGUCACUUGGUGCACCUGCAGUUCUUUUCUCGUUGGCCAUGCAAGGAGUUUUUCGAGGAUUUAAAGAUACAAAAACUCCACUCUUUGCAACUGUUGCUGGAGAUUUGACAGAUAUAAUUUUGGACCCCAUAUUCAUUUUUGAGUUCCAUAUGGGCGUCAGAGGCGCUGCAAUUGCACAUGUAAUUUCACAGUACGUGAUAUCAGUUAUACUUUUUUGGAGAUUGAUGGGAAAAGUUGAUCUCUUACCACCUAGUCUAAAGUAUCUGCAAUUUGCUUGGUUUCUCACAAAUGGAUUUCUAUUGUUAAUGAGGGUUAUAGUGUUGACGUUCUGUAUAACCUUAGCUGCAUCAUUGGCUGCAAGAUUAGGACCCACAGAAAUGGCUGCAUUUCAGGUCUGCUUGCAAGUUUGGUUGGCUACAUCUCUUCUAGCUGAUGGUUUGGCUGUUGCCGGUCAGGCAAUAUUAGCUAGUGCAUUUGCUCAGAAGGACUUCAAUAGGGCUACUGCUACAGCAUCAAGAGUGUUACAGUUGGGAUUGGUUCUAGGAUUGGUGCUAGCACUAUUCCUUGGAGUUGUACAUUUUGGAGCUAGAUUAUUCACAAAAGAUGUCAAUGUCAUCCACCUAAUUGGCAUUGGCAUUCCGUUUGUCGCAGCAACACAACCUAUCAAUGCCCUGGCCUUUGUCUUUGAUGGCGUAAACUUUGGCGCAUCUGACUUUGCAUACUCUGCCUACUCGAUGGUAGCAGUGGCUUUAUUCAGCAUUGUGUUCUUGCUCAUGCUUUCAUCAAGUCAUAAAUUCAUCGGAAUUUGGGUGGCUCUAACCAUCUAUAUGAGCCUCAGAGCUUUAGCAGGCUUCUGGAGGAUAGGAACUGGAAAGGGGCCCUGGAAAUUCCUCAAGAAUUAAAAGUCUCUGAUAGGCUAUUAUACAUAUGGCAAUCUUCUAAAGAAUAUUAUUGUACAUAACUGAGGAGAUAUAUCGCGGAAGCAAUUUUAACUGUUAUUUGUCAAGAAAA